GAGAUAUAUUUUUAGAAAAUCCAGAAGAAUGGCGGACCUACCGUUUAAACCGGUAGAGAAAGUUAUUGACAUAGUAUUGGAAGCGAGUAUUCGGCAACUUGAUUAUAUAAUCAAUUACAAAGACCAUGAACAGGAUUUAAAACAACACAUUGCGAUUCUUGAAAGUAAUAAGAAAACGGUGGAUGAGCGAGUUCAAGUUGCAGAAGACAAUGCAGAAGAAAUCACGCCAGCCGCUCAAGAUUGGCUCAAGAGGGUGGAGAGAAAGAUGGAAGAAAGUAAGGAGUUUCACGAUGAAAAAAUCCUUGAAUCCAAGACAAGUUGCUUUAGCGGGGGGUGCUCUUUCUUGUGGAACAGGCGUCAACUUGGCAGAAAAGCAAAGAAGAUAUUGGCACCGGCAAUCAAAGAGCUAAAUCAGGAAGCACCCGACAUUCUUGCACAUAUUUCACUUCCACCAGCUGUAACGUUUGCGGAUAGCAAUCCACUUGAUGGUGACUAUCUUGAAUUCGAAUCAAGGAAGGGUAUCAUUGAGAAAAUCCUGGAGCAACUAAAAGAUUCCACGGUGAGAAUGGUUGGACUCCAUGGGCCUAGUGGUGUGGGCAAGACCUCUCUCGUCAAACGAAUUGCAAAGCAGGCUGGCGACAGCAAAUUGUUUGAUAAGGUGGUCAUGGCAAUCGUGAAGAAAGAUCCAGACCUUCUAAAGGUUCAGCAAGAUAUCGCUGACGGUUUAAGAUUAACCUUUGGAAAUUUAGGUGAGAAUGGGAGAGCAACACUUCUGAGGAAGAGGCUGAAACAGGAGAAUACCUUUGUGAUCUUAGAUGACGUUUGGGAUGAACUGGACUUGAAUAAGAUUGGGAUUCCAUUUGAUGAUGACGAUGUCGUUUCAAGCCACGUGACUAGCAAUGAAAGAAAUAAUCCAGGCAGCAAAAAGGAAGAGGAAGAGCAAACGGCAAGUGAAAAUUCUCCUGGCAGUUCUGGCACCAGCAAGCGGGGAUGCAAAAUUUUGGUCACCUCAAGAUAUAAAGAAGUGUUGCUCGGUAAGAUGAAUGUUAAAGAAAAAUUAAUUUCCUCUGUCCCCAAGUUAGAUGAAAAGGAUACUCUGACAUUGUUCAAGAAGGUGGUUGAAAUGUCAAAUGAAAUUCCCAAGUUCAAGCCAGAAACCCUUCAUAAUUAUUGUGCUGGGUUACCAAUGGCAGUUAUUAUAGUCGGAAGGUCGUUAAUGAAGAAGAACAAGCUAGAGUGGGAAGGCGAACUAGAAAGACUCAAAAACCAACAAGGAUCAAAUGAGGUGCACAGGUACAUGGAGAAUUCUGUGAAGAUGGGUUAUGAUCAUCUAGAAAGCGAGGAGCUCAAGUCCAUUUUCCUAGUGUGUGCUCAAAUGUAUCAUCAGUCAUUAAUUGUUGACUUGGUGAAGUACUGUUAUGGUUUGGGCAUACUUAAUGAUAUCCAUACACUGAGGGGCGCCCGCCAGAGUAUAUCCAAGUCAAUCCAGAUGCUAAAAGAUUCAGGCUUGUUGGAUAGUAUUUCCAACGAUCAUUUCAAUAUGCACGAUAUAGUUCGAGAUGCUGCUCUAUCUAUAGCGUGCAAGGAUCAAAAUGUAUUUACCCUGAGAAACAAAACACUGGAUGUCUGGCCUCACAAGAAACAACUUGAGAGGUACUCUGCAAUUUAUCUACACAAGUGCCAUAUUGUGGAUGGGCUCCCAGAACGUGUUAACUGUCCUCAUCUUACAUUCUUUUAUAUUGACUGUGAUGAUUCAACUUUGAAAAUACCUGAUAGAUUUUUUGAAGGAAUGGAAGAACUCAGAGUCUUAGUAUUGUCCGGAAUUCAUUUGCAGAGUCUGCCGUCUUCAAUCAAAUGCUUACCAAACCUCAGAAUGCUUUGCUUGGAGAAAUGCACUCUAGGUGACUUCUCCGUUUUAAAUCAUUUGAGAAAGUUGAGGAUUCUUAGCCUUUCAGGAUCUAGAAUUGAAGACUGGCCAACACAUUUGGAUGGCUUAAGCAAGUUACAGUUUCUAGAUAUUAGCAAUUGUUUUAUAAGCAUCUCCACUAGGUCUUUAUCUUUAUCGAGCUUCCCUAAUUUGGAAGAAUUGUAUAUAGAAAAUAGCUUGACUAAAAUGGAGGUGGAAGGACAGAUAAAUCAUAGUCAAAUUUCAGCUCUUUCUGAGUUGAAACAUCUGCAUCAGUUGAAUACUUUAGAUGCCUACAUUCCUAGUGCUGAACUUUUGCUAGCAGACUUGUUCUUUGACGAGUUGAAUGAUUACAAGAUUGUGAUUGGAGGAGACUUUGAGACAAUUUCGAUCGCAGAUUUCAAGAUGCCCAAAAAGUAUGAAGCUUCAAGAUCUUUGGCACUGCAGCUAGAACCUGGCUUGGAUAUUCACUCCCUCAAAGGAGUCAAAUUGCUAUUCAAAGGAGUGGUGAAUUUCCUAUUGGGAGAGCUACACGGGGUUCAAAAUGUAUUUUAUGAGCUGAAUCUGAAUGGAUUUCCAGAUCUGAAACACUUUUCCAUCGUAAAUAACAAUGACAUCGAAUACAUUGUGAAUUCAAUGGAGUGGUCACAACCUCAUGAUGCUUUUCCCAGUUUAGAGUUCCUCAGCCUGUUCAACCUAAAGAACAUAAAGAAGAUAUGUUGCAGUCCUAUUACAAAUUCCUCAUUCUCUAGACUAAAGAUAAUCAAAGUGAAGAUGUGCCCCCAAUUGAAGAGCAUAUUCUUCUUUUACAUUGUUGAAUUUCUUACUGUUCUGGAAACAAUUGAUGUCUCUGAAUGUGAUUCUCUACAAGCAGUUGUUAGUAAAGAAGAAGGAUCCAACAAGGUUGUGCUUCAUAAGUUAUGCUCUUUGACAUUACAGAAGUUACCAUCGUUUGUCAGUUUUUACAACAAUGCAGACAUGCCUUUGGAACCGGGAUCUAUGGAAAAGCAAGCAAGAAUCACUGACGACACAGAAAUUGUCCCAGCAGAGGAUGAGCAGAGUUCCACAACUUCCUUUUCUCUUUUUGAUGAAAAUGUAGAAAUUCCAAACUUAGAGAGCUUGAAGUUGUUCUCAAUCAAGAUCCACAGCAUAUGGAGCGAUCGAAUUUCAAAUGAUGGGUUUCAGAACUUGAUAAAAUUAACGUUGGAAAACUGUAACUUGACAUAUUUAUGCUCCUUGUCUAUGGCUCGCAGUCUCAAUAAGCUAAAAAGCAUCUCCAUAAGUGAGUGUUCACUAAUGGAGAAGUUAUUCAUCAGCGAAGAAAAUAACAAUGAGUAUUCGAAGGAUUGUAUCUUUCCUAAAUUGGAGGAAAUCCAAUUGAGUGGAAUGGAGAUGUUAAAAGAAAUAUGGCCAUGUGAAGAUGAAGUAAGGGCAGAUUCAUUUUCUAGUCUCAUUUCUGUUGAUAUUUGGCAAUGCAAUAAGAUUGACAAGAUUUUCCCUAGUCAUAUGAAAUGUUGUUAUUUGAGUUUAAAAAGCUUGACGGUUUAUUCAUGUGAGGGGGUGGAAUUCAUUUUCAAAAGUAGACUUCCUCCGCAACAAAGUGACACAAACAAAUCUGCAUUAUUGGAGGUUAUUCAUUUGGGUAAUCUCCCUUAUCUAAAGCAAGUAUGGAGUGAAGAUCCAAAAGGAGUGAUUAACUUCACAAAUGUGCAGAGUAUAAAGAUUUCUUCAUGUAACACAUUGCGCAAUGUGUUGCCAGCUUCUAUAGUCAAGGAUCUUGGAAAACUAGAAAGCUUUUGGAUAUACUCAUGUCGUAAUUUGGAGGAAAUCAUUGCGUGUGAUGGAGGAUCAGAAACAACAUUGAAGUUUCCAGAAGUAGUGUCCAUGUCAUUUAUUGACUUACCAAGCAUCCGAUAUUUCUACAAAGGGAGACAUAUUGUAGAGUGUCCAAAAUUGAAGCAACUGACAAUGAUUGAGUGUCCAAAUCUGAAAAUAUUCAAAACAGAAAGUGCCAAUGAAGAAGAAGGAGCAUUCUUAUCGGCUGAAAAGGUAAUGUCCAACUUGGAGCAUCUGAUUAUUGACUCUAAAGUAGUAGAGUGGUUAAUGAGCAACACACGCAAGUACCGCUUUACCUCUUUGAAACUACUUUACUUGCACACAUGGCAGAGUGAUCAUGACGAGACUCUAUACUGCUUCCUCCACACCAUUCCUAAUCUACAAAUCUUUGAAUUGAGUCAUGAUAAUAACAUUAGAGAGUUCGUGCCAAGUGGAAACACAGCAGCGAAGCAAAGAUUGGGAACCGUAUUACUUCUUAAGGAAUUAACUUUGUGGGCACCACAGAUGGAGGAUAUUGGAUUUGAAAGAGAUCCUGCUCUUCAGAGAUCACUGCACCGCCUGAAAUUGCAAUUCUGCCACAGAUUGAGGAGAUUGGCACAUUCCUCGAUGUCCUUCACUCACUUGACAUACUUGCAAGUAUCUGAUUGUAAAGCAUUGAAAACUCUAAUGACAUGCUCAACAGCAAAGAGCUUGGUUCAACUCACCACCUUGAAGGUAAAGACGUGUGAUCAAUUAAAUGAAAUAGUUACCAAGGAUGAGCAGGAAAAUGACGAGGGGAUUCAAAUUGUCUUUGCCAACUUGAUAACUAUACAACUGACACGACUAAGCAACCUCACAAGUUUCUGUAGCAACUCGAAUUGUGAGUUUUCGGUGCCAUUGUUGGAAAAAUUAAUUCUGAAAGAAUGUCCCAAGAUGAAAACGUUCACCGCAAAACACAUAACAACGCCCAAGCUACAAAGCGUACUUGGUGAGGAAGAGAAAGGGUAUUGGAAAGGAGACCUGAAUGCCACCAUUCAAAUGCUGUUUACGGAUAAGGUUCAUUUGGAGCUUUCAAAUCAUCCAGACUUAAAACAAGUAUGGUGUGACAAAACCUUGGCGCAAGUGAACAGGUUUCAGAAUGUAAAAUCUUUGAUUGUGAAGAGAUGUGGUUAUCUUGUGCAAGUAAUUCCAUCUCAUUUGCUUCAUUGCUUUAAGAAUUUGGAAGAUCUGCAAGUAUCUGAUUGCGAUGAAGUGCAAGUCAUCUUUAAUACGGAUGAGAGUAACAAUAAGCAGGCGACAAAAGCAAUGGAGAGGUCUCGUUUAAAAAAUUAUCUUUAAAGAAUCUACCAAAUUUGGAACAUGUAUGGAAUAUAG